AUGUCAAAAUUACUUAGACGAGUUAUAUUACCAUUAUUUACUUUAUUAAUUAUAAUAUGUAUUACAAUACUACAAAGAUCAAAACCAAAUGAUUCAAUAUAUGAAACUUCUUCACAUAUAUUUGAUUCAAUAAGUCAUUUUACUUUUACAUCACCUCAACAACAACAAUCAACAAUUAAUAAUAAUGUACAACAAAAUUCACAAUAUUCACUAACUAAUAAUAACAAUAAUAAUAAUAAUAAUAAUAAUAAUAAUGCAGAUUUAUCAAAAUCUAAUCUUAAAUCUGAAUCUGAAGAAUCUGAACAACCUUUAGAUCCAUGUACAGUAUAUAAUCCAAUAUCAAAAGGUUUUAUAGAUUUAAGAGGUUUAUCAUCUUUAGGUAAUGAAAAUAAACCAUUACCAUGGAAUUCAAAAGGAUAUGAUUCUGGUAAAAAUUAUACUUUAGGAAUUUGUUCAAAUCCUUUUAAAAAAUUACAUAAUAAUGAUAUAAAAGAUAAUGUAAAUUCAAGUUUAGUUGGUGGUUAUUAUAUGGAUCAAACUACAUUUGUAUCAAUUGGACAAUUUUCAACUCAACCAAAAUUUAGAGGUAAAAAAUUAACAUUAACUUAUGAAAAUGGAUCAUAUUGUGAUAAUUUAUUUGAUAAUACAGGUAAAAAAUUAAAAAAAUCUACUUUAUUAACUUUUACAUGUGAUAGAGAAAUGUCAGCAAAAGCAACAAUAUCAUAUAUUGGUAAUUCAAAUGAUUGUAAUUAUUUUUUUGAAGUUAAAAGUCAUCAUGCUUGUCCAACUGCUGCAAAAGCAAAUAAUACUGCAGCUGUUUGGAUUUUUUUAUUUAUUUUAUUAGCUGCUUUAGGAGUUUAUUUUAGUGGUGGGAUUUUAUAUAGACAAAUGAAAAACAAAAAUAAUAAUAAUAAUAAAAAAGUAGUAAGUUUAAGUUAA